AUGUCUGACAAAGCUGUGCCGAAGAAUACUACUCAUUGGUCAAAUUGUUAUUAUAUAUCAUCAAAUUAUUUUAUCAUUGUGUCGAACAUUUAUAUUUAAUAUGUUAUAUAUUAUAUCUUAUAUUUAAUAUUUUCCAUUGUGUCCCUGCCUUAACUCUAACAUUUCUAACCCUAAUCUAACCCAAUUUUGUUAACCUAAUGCACAGAUCACGGAAACAAAACCUAAUGUGCUGGGUGCAAAAUAUUUGUAUAAAUUUUCUCGUAUGAUUUUAUAAUGUCUAAAAUUUUUGAAUGCGACUCUGAUUCUGAUGUGGAAAUUAGAACAGAUAAUCAGUAUGCCAAAAAUUAUAAUGUAUGGAGAAAAAAAGAGGAGUUAAAUAAACUUAAAACUAAAUAUGGGGACGAUGUGAAUCUAGAUGAAGAUUCGUCUAGUUCAUCAUCAGAUGAUGAGGAAGGCAUUAAACUAACAGAAGAAAACGAAAGAGAUUUUUUCAAGGCGUUGGCCUAUUUGAAAAAUAAAGACCCAAGAAUAUAUAAUGAAAAUGUGACAUUUUUCCAAGAUAAGAAUAAAUCUAAUGUUGUAACGGAAAGAAAGAAAAAAAAGAAAGAUGUUCCAAUGUAUUUGAAGGAUUAUGAGAGGAAAAUUAUUUUGGAAAAGGGGGGAGUACUGAGUGACGAGGAAUAUGAUACAGAAAAUACAUCAAAACCUGCUACAUAUAUUGAAGAGCAGCGACAUAUUAAAGAAAGUUUAAAGACAGCUUUAAACGCUAUUGAUGAUAAUGUAGGUGAUGAAGAAUGGGGUGGUUUAUUUAAGGAGAGGAAUAAAACACAAGAAGAAAAAGAGAAAGAAGAUUCUGAUUAUACAAAAUGGCUUUUAGGUGAGAAAGAAAAAGUUGGCGAGGAAGUUAAAAUAGAAUUACAACAACUUAAGGAGUACUGGAACAAUCCCAAUUUAGAUGAAGGUGAAAAGUUUCUCAGAGACUACAUAUUAAAUAAAAAAUUUCUGGACAAAGAUGAUGAUGAUUACAUUCCAACGUAUGAGGAAAUAAUUCACGAUUCUGAUCAAGAUCUUUCUAACGAUGAAAGCACUAUAGAGAAACAAGAAGAAUUUGAACAUAAAUAUAAUUUUAGAUUUGAAGAACCUGAUCAGGAGUUUAUUAAACGAUAUCCUCGUACAAUGGAAAAUUCAUCAAGAAGGAAAGAUGACAGGAGAAAGAUAAAAAGGCAAGAAACUAAAGACAGAAAGAAGAAAGAGAAGGAAGAAAAAAUGAAGGAAUUAAAAACACUUCAGGAGCUUAAACGGAAAGAAAUUGAGGAAAAGUUAGAAAAGCUGAAAGAAAUUACUGGCAAUUCUGAUAUUACUUUUGAGAAUCAGGACAUAGAUGGUGAUUUUGAUCCAGAGGCACAUGAUAAACGAAUGCAAGCUCUUUUUAAUGAUAAUUAUUAUCAGGGUCCAGAAGAAGAACAAAAACCUGUGUUUCCAGAAAUAGAUGAAGAACUAGAAAUAGAAUCUUGGGAUAAAUACGAGGGUGCAAAUGAAGACAAUACUCAAAGUAUACCACACUGUGAGGAUGACGACUUUAAUAUGGACUGCGAUUAUGAUCCCAAUUCUUCAACUCAAAAUGAGUUAAUAGAACAGACUAAGAGGAAGAAGAAAAGGAAACGGAAAUCAAUGGUUGCAGAAGCUUUAAGCAAACCUAAACCAAAAUUUGAUCCUACUGAUAAGACCUAUGAAAAAUACUUUGAUGAAUAUUAUAAGUUAAAUUGUGAAGAUAUAAUCGGAGAUAUUCCGUGUAGAUUUAAAUAUCGAACAGUGGUACCUAAUGAUUUUGGAUUAUCUACUGAAGAAAUCUUACUUGCUAAAGACCGAGAAUUAAAUAAAUGGUGUUCACUGAAAAAAGCCGUUCAAAUACGUCCAGAUCAUGUUGAAAAAUAUGAUCAAAUUGCCUAUAAGAAAAAAGCUGGUAAUAUAAACCUAAAGAAAAAAAUUCUACCUAGUUUGUUUACACCAGAUACAGGAGAGGAAGGUGGUAAAAUUCCUGAAGUAAAUAGUGAAGAAAAAAUGUUAUCAAGCGAAAGUAACAAUGGAGGUUUACGUUCUCCGAAAGUCAGUCGACAAAGUAACAGUGCUGUAAAAUGUAAAGAUGAAGAUGUAAAUACCAAUAGUGCACCUAAAAAGGAAACGAAUAAUAAAAAUAUCAAGGAACAAAUUAAUCAUGAUAUAAAAGAUUCAAAAAGCCUAGUAAAUCCAAAUAUAGAUUUUCGCGAGGUGAAAAAAUGUAAAUCAAAAAGGAAAAUAAAGAAAAAUAUUUCUAGUGAAACUAAUCAGAGUCAGAUUCUUCAAAGAAAAAGAAAGAUUUCAAUAAAUGGCCAAGGAGCUGUAGAAGUACCGAAGAAAAAAAAUAAGAAAGGCAAGAAGCAGAAUAAAAAUAAUAGUAAGAAGUUAGACAUAUCAGAUGCACGAUUAUCAGCAUAUGGUAUCAAUCCGAAGAAAUUUAAAAAUAAACUAAAAUUUGGGAAUAAAAUAUUGGAAAAAUAAACAUUUUUUUUAAAUGUAAUGUAACAAUGUAUUUGUAAGUACUAAAAAGUACUACAUUUUUUAUUUAAAUGUAAUAAUAUUUUUAUCUGUUUAAACACAUAGUAAAGUAUAAA